AUGAACUCUGGUUCCGUCCGGUCAGAGAUGCAGACGUCGGUUCUGGGCCCCCAGUUCGUGGUCCGGCCCUCGGGUCCGGCCAAGGUCCCGGGCAGGAAGAGAGGCCGGCCCCCCGCCAGCAGGAAGCUGGACUUCCAGAGUCACUACGUGGAGGUGAAGGUGCCCAAGAAGAGAGGAAGGAAGCCCGGAUUCAAGGUGAAGUCUCGGAUGCUGACGUCUGCCGCGGCCUCGUCUCCUCCCAGCAGCACACCUGAGCCUGAGCUGGGCUCCGUCCCUCAGGACGCCGCCAUCGUCCCCCAUUCGGCCUCACCGGAGGUCCUCACAGCAGAGACUCCGAUGGGGGACCACUUCCUGUUCGAGCCUGCGGCCAUCAACCCCGCUGACUCCGCCUUCAGCGUGGUGACGUCACAGCACCACACCAGGUACGGUUACCGCGGCAACGGCUGCUUCCAGGACGGAAACAGGAACGGCUACAGUCCGAUGCCCGACUCCGGAGAGUCGAGGCGUCCCGGUAGAGACCCGUCCAGCUGGAAUGUGGACGACGUGGUUUGGUUCAUUAGAGACGCCGACCCUCAGGCUCUGGGUCCUCACGCCGAGGCCUUCAGGAAGCACGAGAUCGACGGCGGCGCCCUGCUGCUCCUGAAAAGCGAGACGAUGAUGAAGUAUUUGGGCCUGAAGCUCGGACCGGCCUUAAAACUCUGUUUCCACAUCGACAGGCUCAAACAGAACCGGCUGUGAUUUAAAGCCGAGGGUGAGACCGGACCAGGUUGAAUCAAAACCGGCAGCGAUGGGAACAGAUCCGGACCUGGAGACUCUCACUGCAGCAGGGUACUGGACUCCUCAGACUCCUUCCUGGUCUUCGUCUACUUUGGACUGUAAAUACUUCUAAGCCUGACCCGUAUCAGCUGCGUUAACUGGAACCGGUGCCGCUGCAGAAUGGACUCUGAGCUGAACCAGGGAUCCUGGAGUUUGCUUUACGGCAGCAUCAGAACGCUGCUGCUGCUCCAUCGUCAGACACAAACGUCUGAUCUGUGGUCCAACACGAAGCUUCUCUCAACUUGUACAGAACUUUUUACUCACUUUUUUUGUAUUUUGUGUGUUUUUCCUGAAUUUGUCUGUAAAACACAAACAGUUUGUGAAGUUCAGCGUGUGUCUGUAUGAAUUAUAAUUUAGUCGAACCUUUUAUUAAACUACGAGCAGCUUUGAGCUUUUAAUUUAACUUUUUUAUCUCCAUUUUAAGGAUUUGAAAGAACACAGGCGUGUUAUUAAUGAGCUCUUUGAA